CAUGCCACAUGCGCUAAACCUUAGCUGACGGGCUUGCGCGAAAAGACGCUUUCUUAUCUUUGUAGUGCAACUCAUUUUGGGGUAUUAAUUAGUAAUCAUGCAGGCAAUGAAAUUGAGGAAACCAGUGAAGAAGUCAAGUAGAACAGGUCUACCCCCUUCAGAGACAGCCAAUGCACAACAUUCUCCUCAGGCUGAAGAAAGCGUGGACCCCAAACUCAACUUACUGGAAGUCACUAUCUAUUUUGUGUUGGUGGUCGGGUUGCUGUCUGCAGCUAUCUACAAUGUCUACAUUUCUUCACAGGAGCAUGCUGAAGAUUUCGGCCCAUACAUCCUGCAACCAGGCUGGUCCCUCCUUGGGAACCAAAACAAGGACGUGUCUGAUUUUGAGUGGAGUUACUGGACUGCCAUGGUCACACCGUUUGUGCUGCUCCUGUUGUUUGGUCACAUCAGCCUUGGACUAGUCGUUGAACAUGCAGUACCCAAGUUUAAGAAGCAUUUUCUGCUGGUCUAUGCCUUGACAAGCCUGACGAGUCUCUUUGGGCUGAAAGCCCUCUCUGUCUUCUUGCUGUACACCCUGUUGACUUACCUUGCGUCACGGACAAAGUCAGCAGCAGUGGUCUGGAUCAUCAUUGGGCUGGAAAUUCUCAGCAUCAACUGGGGGUCUGUGUCUGUAUACCUGCGGUCCCUCUUCCCAGACGAAGAAUUAUACAACCACGUGGUCUUCGGUACAGCUCUUUGCCUGUGUCGUCUUCUCAGCUUCAGCCUGGAGUACUGCAGACGCGUCCAGCAGUUGAGAGCAGCCGGUGCUAAACAGCAGGAGGGCACCGAUGAAGGCUGGGGGCUCUUUGACCUCUUGGUGUACAAUUUCUACUUGCCACUGUUUGCCAGCGGACCCCUACUGACUUACGACAAGUUUUCACUGCAGAUCAAUCAGGCUCCCAGACUUUUCACAAAGGCCGAAGUUAAGAAAAUCCUGAAGGAGUCUUGCCGUUACAUUUUCUGGACAAUCUUUGUUGAGUUUGUGCUACAUUUCUUGUACUUUCCUGCAUUCCAUCAAGUCCGACUUGUCUUCCAGUUCCUCCCAACAUGGUCAAUAGCUGGUGUUGGUCUCUGCCACUUAUUGUUCUUCCAAGUCAAGUACCUUGUGACUUACGGCUUACCUCGUGCUAUAGCACUGUGGGACCGCAUCGACGCACCAUUGCCGCCUAUAUGUGUACUUGCGAUGUAUACAUUCCAAGACAUGUGGAAAUACUUUGACAGAGGUCUUCAUUCACUGUUGGUGAGCACUAUCUACAUUCCCAUGGGGGGCUCCAGGCACGGUUUCUUCCGUCAGCUCCUGGCCUCCAUGCUUUGCUUCUCCUUUGUCUUUGUCUGGCAUGGCCUGGAGACCCAUCUCUUCUACUGGGCUCUGAUCAACUGGCUUGGCACGGUCAAUGAGAUGGUGAUCCAGAAGGUUACCCACUGGCUUGGAGUCCUCCCUUAUCUUAAAAGUAAACUAUCCUCCUCCAUGUACUGUAGAUUGUUGGGUUUAAUACUGACUCCAAAUUUCAUGGCCCUAGCCUUGUCAAAUCUGGUGUUCUUGGGAGGCAUUCGCACAACUAAUACCUACUACUACAGACUUGUACAAUCAGAUUCACCCUGGCCUCUCUUCACAACUUUCAUCACAUUUUACGUUAUUCUGCAAGUUGCCAAGGCAGCACAUCAGCACUUUGGCAAAACCUAUUUGUGUAAAAAACUUUAUGCAAGUUGAAAGUGACUUUAACCUGUCCUAUUUAUUAUUUAAUUGUCUGAAAUACUUUCAAAGUGUUCCAAAGAGUAAAACAAGAUCUGGAGAAUGAAAUGAACAAAGUAAGUUAGUACUGAGAAUAAUUAAGAUAAUCAAGAAUAAUUAAGAGUAUUAUUAUUACUGAAAGUAGGUCACUUGGGAGACAUUCCCAUAGGAACGUGCACAAAAUUUUCCAAACUUUACUGUCCCAUAAUUCAA